CAACAGAUUAGUAAAGCUUUACAGCGGCGCUCGGACACUAUUCGCAACGCGAUCAAUCGCUACAAUAUCCAGGCUGCUUCCCUCAUCCCACCGAGACAAACGAUCGCAUGGAAAGACAUUGCCGAAUACAGUUUCCUUGGCGAGUUUGACCUUCUGCGUGACUCUCGUACUGACAUCCAAGACAAGGAUUGGGCAAGGCCAGCUCACCGUGAGGCGACUACAAAGUACUUCAAGCUCUGCCGAGCUCGCGAAGAAAUUAUUCGACUCAAUAUUGAAAUUCACCGGCUCCGAACUGCUAUCCACGAUGAAACCAUUGACACGUCUGCCGUUAUCGACAAACUUCUUGUAGCUAACCCUUUGCUUGCUGCCGAGUUGAAACGCCAGUGGCGCUCACGGGCGGCUAUCAACGCUGUGCACACAUAUCGGUUAGAUCAGAUUGAGAGACUAUUUGGAUUC